AUGUUUAACCAAGCAGCCCAACUCCCUAUACUUGACCACUUCGUCAUCCUCGUUUCUCAUAAUGAUUUACUUGGAAUCUCCCAGCAGCUAGACGGCCAAUUUACUCUCGCACCAGGCGGUAACCACGCCGAUGGACUCACGACAAACAAAUUGGUUCUUCUCCCAGAUGGAUGUUAUCUUGAGUUUAUUGCAUUCUUCGAAGACGUGGACCCGAAGGCACGCCGCAGUCAUCGCUGGGGAAACGAAAAAGAAGGCACCAUCAUCGACUGGGCUUUCACUCUACCUUCGGAGAACGACUUUGAUGUUGUGCAAAACAGAUUUCGAACUGCUGAUAUCGGGGCAUCAUAUACGGAUCCGAUUCCCGGAGGUCGGACAAAACCCGACGGCACUGUUUUAAAAUGGGCAGUCUGUACACCUAAGAAUGGAGAUGUUGAUGCAGUCACUCCGGGAACCAUGCCUUUCUGGUGUCUCGACAGAACGCCCCGUGAAAGACGCGUUCCUUACGAAAUGGAACCGAAUUUGACUCAACACCCCAAUGGCGUGCAAGGUGUCAGCUCCGUAUCCGUACAAGUUCCUCAUGGGGAGAUAUCAAACCUGAAGGAUGUUUACGAUGUGAUAUUUGGCGGACCUUGGAAAUAUAAUGCUCAUUCUGGCUCGACAUCGGGGCAUAAUAUUGUUUCCCUCUCUGGCGGCGAGAAAGCUAUUAAUUUGGUCUUUUAUGGAUCCAAGCCUGGCAAGGUUGAUCUAUUGCCUGGUCUUGUUUUGGAGAUCGAGUCUCUCUCGUCUUGA